AUGGUCACUACAUCUCCUGCGUUCAUUGCUACUGGCGCUGCCCUUACUGGGGUACUUGCUGCGGGUCCUAUUGUAGGAGGAGGACUGGGACUGUUUGGCUUCGGGGCUGCUGGUGUAGCUGCCGGCUCCCUCGCUGCCUCGUUUCAAGCUGGAAUCGGCAACGUCGCUGCGGGCUCCUUGUUUGCCUUCCUCCAGAGCGCCGGGGAUGGCGGAGUGGCGCUCCCGGUCCUUACGGGUGGUGUCACAGCCGUUUCAGCUACGGCUCUCUCCUCCGUUGCUGCGAAGAGUGUCCUGAAGUGGACCAAGGGGCAUUAA